AAAUGUUUUGAGAGGGAGUACACAAUUAUUUGUGUGUUUCAAUCAUGAAUCUAAUUGUGUUUAUAUUUGGAUUAAUUGUUGUCUACGGAACUCAAGUCAGUGCCGAGAGCACCGGUAACAUAUGGCCGUACCCACAAGUGGCCAAAAUCGACAAAACAUUUUUCACAAUCAACUCAAAGGAGUUCGCAUUUGUGGUGAAAACUCAAGGAAAGUGCGAUUUGUUGGACAAAGCGAUCGCAAGAUAUAAGAAACUACUUUUCCUCGAAGACUGCUCUCUAGUCAGCGCUAAUGCCAUCGAAAGUCUAUUCGACAGAAAGUGCGAUUUGUUGGACAAAGCGAUCGCAAGAUAUAAGAAACUACUUUUCCUCGAAGACUGCUCUCUAGUCAGCGCUAAUGCCAUCGAAAGUCUAUUCGACAGUCAAUUGAAUUUACGGCAAAACGCCGACUAUUUGGGAGAUGUGGCGAACAUAACCCUAACGGUGCAAAACCCGUGCGAAACCCAGCCCCACAUGAAUAUGAAUGAAAUGUAUUCAAUUAGUAUAAACCCACAAAUCACUGACAUCUACGCCGAGAAUGUCUGGGGAGCCAUACAGGCGUUGGAGACCUUCUCGCAACUGAUCCAAAAUGUGGGUCAAAACCAGUUCAUUAUCAAUGAGACCGAAAUCCUCGAUUACCCUCGAUUUGCGCACCGGGGGGUUAUGCUCGACACCUCCCGACACUACGUACCCGUCCGGGAACUGCUCGAGAAUUUGGAUGCAAUGGCUUUCAAUAAGUUGAAUGUAUUUCAUUGGCAUAUCGUUGACGACAAUUCGUUCCCAUAUGUGAGCCAAAAGUUUCCGGAACUUAGUCUUAAGGGAGCUUUUAAUCCAAAGACACACAUCUAUACGGAUCAAGAAAUUCAACAAAUCAUUGAUUAUGGGGCUGAGAGGGCUAUCAGAGUGUUAGUAGAGUUUGAUACUCCCGGACACACAGAGUCGUGGGGAAAGGGACAGCCGGGCCUUUUGACGCCGUGUUAUACGAGUGGAAAGCCUGACGGAACAUAUGGGCCAAUAGAUCCAUCAAAGAACUCUUCGUAUGAGUUCAUCAAAGAGUUGUUUACAGAAGUGGUGAAGAGAUUUCCGGAUCAGUACUUGCAUUUAGGGGGCGAUGAAGUGAACCUGCAGUGUUGGGUACUUAACCCAGACGUUCAACAAUUCAUGAAAUCCAAGAAUUUUACAUCAGUUCCGCAAAUAUUUCAGUAUUACAUCGAAGGGCUGUUAGACAUCGUCAGGGGUUUGGAUAAGAGUUAUAUCGUGUGGCAGGAAGUGCUGGACGAGGGGGUUGUGCCCAAGAGUGACACCUUAAUACACGUGUGGAAAGACAACUGGGAGAUAGAAAUGCAAAAAGUGACAAAACAAGGCUACCAGGCCCUACUGUCCUCGUGUUGGUACUUGAAUUACAUUAGCUAUGGCACAGAUUGGCCUAAAUAUUACGCCUGUGAUCCCCAAAACUUCGGCGCCCCUGAGGAACAGGCUAAACUGGUGAUUGGGGGAGAGGCCUGUAUGUGGGGUGAAUGGGUUGAUGGCACUAACGUUAUCAGCAGAACCUGGCCCCGGGCUAUAGCUGUGGCCGAAAGGCUGUGGAGCUCUAAAACGCUGACUGACAUCAACCUCGCAAACCCCAGAUUUAAUCGACAACACUGUCUGAUGUAUUCAAACUCAUCCCUCGGUGACAAUGUAUGGCCAAUGCCACAGAUACUCAUCACAAACGAGUCGUUUUACGCCAUAAAUCCCAAAUCAUUUAACUUCGUGUCCAUAAUCAGCAAAAAGUGCGAUCUAUUGGACAAAGCCAUCGCCAGAUACAGGAAGCUGUUGUUCAUUGAAGACUGUUCUCUGGUCAGCGACAGAGGCGGUCACCAAAAGACAUCGACACUCUAUGACAGUCGCAGGGAAUUGUCUAAAGAUCCUAAUUAUAAGGGACUCCUGAAUAACAUAACAGUUUUGGUGAGCGAGGAGUGCGAAACUGACACCCAUUUAGAAAUGAAUGAAAACUAUACGAUCGAUAUCAACGACCAGACGGCCCUCAUAUACGCCGAGAGUGUUUGGGGAGCUAUACGUGCCUUCGAGACCCUCUCGCAACUCAUCGAAAACGUCGGACUCAACCAAUUCAUUGUAAACUACACGUCGGUCACGGAUUUCCCGCGAUUUAAAUACAGAGGCCUUCUUCUGGACACUUCACGUCAUUAUCUGCCGAUUCAUAGACUGGAGCAAAGUCUAGACGCCAUGGCCUACAAUAAGCUCAAUGUCUUUCACUGGCAUAUGACUGACGACCAGUCGUUCCCAUACGUGAGUCAAGUGUUUCCCGAUCUGAGUCUUAGAGGGGCUUAUAAUCCGAAAACACAUAUCUAUACCAAACAAGACAUUCAACACAUCAUUGAUUACGCGAACGAUAGAGGGAUUAGAGUAGUGGUCGAGUUUGACACUCCGGGUCAUACACUCGCGUGGGGUAAGGGACAGCCGGGUCUAUUGACCCCUUGCUAUACAAAUGGAAAGCCGAACGGCAUAUACGGUCCCAUAGAUCCGAGCAAACAAUCCACUUAUAACUUCAUUGAAACCCUAUUCAAAGAGAUUUUAGACAGAUUUCCGGAUCAAUACUUCCAUUUGGGCGGCGAUGAAGUGGACUACAACUGCUGGCGGUCUAACCCUCACAUCAAUGAUUUCAUGAAAAGCAAAAAUAUGAUCAAAAAGACCGUUUCCUCUUCGACCGCAAACAAGAAGUCUAACGAACCGUACGCUAAACUCGAGGAAUACUAUAUCCUCAAAGUCAUUGAUAUGGUCAAGAAGUGGAACAGGAGUUCCAUUGUAUGGCAGGAGGUGUUUGACAACGGGGCGAAGAUGACUAAUGACACUAUAAUACAUGUGUGGAAGUUAGACAACUGGCCACUCGAGCUCUCAAACGUGACUAAAAAUGGGUUUCAGACAAUACUGUCUUCGUGUUGGUAUUUAAAUAAGAUAUCCUAUGGAACCGAUUGGCAUAAGUACUACACGUGUGAACCAUUUAGUUUCAAAGGCACUGAACAACAGUAUAGUCUUGUGAUCGGAGGCGAGGCUACAAUUUGGGGGGAAUGGGUGGAUGGAUCCAACGUAAUCGGACGCACCUGGCCGCGAGCCCUAGCAGUGGCUGAGAGACUGUGGAGUUCGCGGGAUGUGAAGAACCCAUGGACUGCCAACAGGAGAUUCAAUAGACAGCACUGUCUUAUGUAUGACCUGUCGUUCCCAAUCAACUGA